AACAACUCUUUCUGUUCUUUCUUGGUGUUCACACUCUGUUGACGAUGCCUGAGCCCGCCAAGUCCGCUCCCGCCCCGAAGAAGGGCUCCAAGAAGGCUGUGACCAAGGCCCAGAAGAAGGACGGCAAGAAGCGCAAGCGCAGCCGCAAGGAGAGCUACUCGGUGUACGUGUACAAGGUGCUGAAGCAAGUGCACCCGGAUACCGGAAUCUCUUCCAAGGCCAUGGGCAUCAUGAACUCGUUCGUGAACGACAUCUUCGAGCGCAUCGCGGGAGAGGCGUCGCGCCUGGCGCAUUACAACAAGCGCUCGACCAUCACGUCCCGGGAGAUCCAGACGGCCGUGCGCCUGCUGCUGCCCGGGGAGCUGGCCAAGCACGCGGUGUCCGAGGGCACCAAGGCAGUCACCAAGUACACCAGCUCCAAGUGAGCCCACAGAGCUCACAACAGAUCCAAAGGCUCUUUUCAGAGCCACUAAGAUUUCAAAAUUAGAGCUUUACUACUGCCUUAGUAACUACUGGCAAAUAAGCCCUCACAAGGUGUAGGACUAUUUUAAGAUUCAUUUACUAGCGUAUGGAAUACACAAUAUCCCAUCACCAGUGUUUCUGCGUGGGCUAUUUAAUGGUUUGAAUUCCACCUUUAAGUGGAAUGUGCUUAAUAAAACAAACUCCAAACAAAAGGCUAUUCUCAAAGCCUCCUAGAUAUGUCAAUAGGUCUGGUAACCUUGAUUAUGAAACUGAGGUGAAACAAAGAAUACAGUGUUUGAUUGGAACAUAAUGAUAUUUGGUGGCUCGCUUUUUGGAUACAAUGUAUCCUGCUUAGUCAACUUUAAGUUUUAACCUCUAUCAGGUUCCCUCCACUUCUAGCACUUAAUGAAAUAUGACUACAAAAUAAAGACUUGAAAGCAGGAUAUGUAUCCCAUAUCAGAAUUAUCAAGUUGUCAGAGGCUUGAAGCACAAUAAAUUUCUCUUGCU